AUGUCAGGCAAGAAAGUCCUAGUUCUUGGUGGAACCGGCCCGGCAGGUAUUUGCCUACUACGAGAGCUUGUUCAUCGCAACCAUGCAACUAUCCUCCUAGCAAGAACCCCCUCAAAACUCCCGGGUGACUUAGCCUCCAACUCUCUAAUCGAGGUAAUCGAAGGCGAAAUGAGUGACACGAAAGCCUUAGACUCAGCAAUGGCCCGCUCGUCCAUAGUUGUAUCCCUCCUUGGGCCAAACAUCAACGACAAGCACAUCGAUCCUUCUCUUUACGCCGAUAUUUACCGCAACUACGUUUUUCCAGCAAUGAAGCAAUACGGCGUCAGACGAAUUCUAGCCAUGGGUACAAUCUCUAUCAAGCAGCCCGAAGACAACUGGACAUUCUUCCAGACCAUGGUCACGUUCGUCAUGCCGCUUUUGAAUGGCGCGGUUUACCGCAAUAUGCAUAACCUCGCUCACUUAUUUGGCAAAGAAGGUCACGAUCUUGACUGGACUAUCUUCCGCAUAGCACAGAUACCUGGAGAGUCUGAUGAGACUAGCUGGAGACAGGACCGUGAUCUCGGACUGUUCACUGGGUGGAUAGGAGAAAAAGAUUGGACAUCAACUCUUCGGCGGGGCUCACUAGCUCGAUGGCUCGUGGAUGGAGUCGAAGGUAAGAUGGACCUUUGGAUCCAUAAGAUGCCAGGGAUCAGUCAACUGGCAGGGGUCUGA